AUGGCCAGGCCACCCAACACCGCCGCAACACCCGCCGCCUUGUACCCACCGUGCUGGAUCGAAAAUCCCGCUCCCGGCGGUGGUGGCGACGGUGGCGACGGCGACGGAGCUGACGCUGGAGAUGGCUCCGAAGAUGGCCCUGGAGAUGGGCCUGGAGGCGAUGGUGGGCUGUCGGGCAUUGUGCUUGGGCCUGGGCUUGGGCCCGAUUCCAUAGACGGCGGAGAAGCCAUCGGCGGGGGGACGGUGGGAGGAGCUGCCAUCGGUGGAGUUGACAUGCUUGGCGGAGGUGAGGCUGCCGUUGGGGGCAUGGCGGUGGGGGGAAGUGUAGUAGGAGGAGCUGCAAUUGGCGGUGGGAUUAACGGCGGCGAUGCGGUGACGGCAGGACCUGGAGCAGGGGAGGGAGAUUGA